GCAGACCUGCUGCGCGUCGACGCGUCGACGCCCAAGCAUUUAAUACACUAACAACAAGUGGGUGUUGAAUAUUAGUUUGGUAAUUCGUAUUUUGUAGUGACUAAAGAAUAUAUGACAGUUUUUGAGUAGACUAAAAAUGGCAGUUUUGGAAUCUUGUUGGUCACCAUUUGUUUGGACUAAUAGUGUUAAGACAGGAUGCAAAGCAAUUGCAUUUUACACAAUUGCAAUCUGUAUAAUCCUUAUUACAUUAGUCUCUUAUCAGUUACAAGGAGGAGAUUCGUCACAACUAUAUAAUCCUUUAUUCGAGGCUGAUGUCAGAGGAUCUAUGCAAGUUGUUGGAGGCUUCUUCAUCGCUUAUUUCGUUCUUCUCAUCAUAUCGUCAAUAUUAAUGGUACAUGGAGUAAGAGAGAGAAUACGAGGCUGGUUGUUGCCUUGGCUUAUAUUAUGGUUUAUCGCGUGUACCUUCCAACUAGUUUUUGGGCUUUGGCUCGUGGGAGGAUACUACAUCUAUCUCGAAGCAACAUUUGCAGCAAUGUGUCUAUGGCUUUGGAUGUCGUAUAAUGUAUAUUGUUGGUUGGUUGUUUUGUCUAUGUACAAAAUAUUCGAGAAGCUGCAGUCUCCGAAUAUAGAGCUGCUAUGGCCUUAAGUACUUGUGUAAGUACUUUCGAGACAUAAAGUACAUUGAUUGGCACCAAAGUAAGAUACAAUGUUGUUAGAGAUGAGUUUAUCAGAUUUUAUUUUAUAUAUUUUUAUAAAGGUUAGCCAAACCGACACCAUUAUUUACAGUAGUAUAACCACGAUUAUCUGCCAUGCUAACUUGCUUAUUAUUAUUUAUUUCAAUACAUAUAAUACUAUUGAUAUUAUUAACACAUAAGUACCAUACUUAAGUGUCAUUAAUGUACAAUUGGUCCUAGAUCCUGAAGAUCUAGGAUUUUCGUUUCAUAACGGAAGACUGAUAUUGGUCUAAGAAAACAUCCGUCCAAAUUUUGAAGAUCUUUAUACUUCUGUUGAUAAAUUUAUAUAAUAGAGAAUUUUUGUAGCUGGUUGCUUUACACAACCAAUAGUGCAUGCAUAUGUAAUACAUUUUCAUAUGAAACAUAAAUAUUCCAGUACUCUAGUAUGCCUAGAAAAUCUGCGAUAGAGACAAGUAACAAAUGUUAGUAUAAUUUAUACUUAAGAGCUCGACAAAUCUAGCUGUAUUUCGCACAAAUAUCCGAAACCCGAAUGUGAUUAUUCGCUGUACGUCGUGUGACGAAAAAUAACUUGAUAUUAUUUUUCUAAAUGAGAACGAAUAAAUUACCAAAUAAAUUUAAUCAACACAA